ACACUUGUGGUGUAUGUUGGAAAUUAGCACGCCAGCACAACUUUCACCCAGUUACCUGGGAGUUAUCUCCCCUUCGUUAUUUGUUUACAUAUGGCUACCUGAGCGAUCAGCGUUUCCCAGGUGUUACUGUCAUACCACUCGAUAGCAGAUCUUACCUUUCUCCAGGCAGUAAGCCCAAUACCCUCCAUCAUGUCGUACGGAGUGGGUUAUCAGCUGACCAGAGCUCCCCGCUGCUCUCACAACGCCGGGCCACCACUGGACAGCAUGGCUCCAGUCAGAACUAUGAACAGGAUAGCACAGGUUGCUCUAGAGCGGAUCAUAUUGAUGAUGAACAACACAAAACUCAUCAAGGAGCGACGUAUCAGCAACAUUGAUCAGGUCCAAACAUAUCUUCGUGGUAACCAUGACGACAACGGCUUGUCAGGGGACAGGGGCGACUUCUAUCGGCGGAAAUUAGCGGAGCAAAUUCACAUCAAUUUUAACGUGAGCGGCGUCACCCAUUCAAACAUAGAGGCUGUUGUGGAUACCGCCAUUCAGUUAGAAAGGCGUACCAGAGCUCUUCUUUCAGGAAGUGCAUUCAAUACUCAGACAGCGCCCUCUAUAUCUGUCGACGAUCCUAUUCUAGACAUUUUGUCAAAAAUCGCAGAUGUCUUUUAAGUAAGACUCAACAUCAAGUAUUUAAUGGUGGAAAUCCAUUUGAAAUAUGACACCUUCCUUGUGGUUAUAUAUCUCUUUUCAAAAUCGCCAAACUUCGCAAUACACGCCUCUUGUUUUCCGAUUACAUGCUUGAUACCAUAUACUUAUUCAGUAAACAAGGGCAGAUAAUUCGGUAUCAGUGGCAAUCAAUUAAGAGAGCAAUGGUUUUGAAAACAAUAAAUAUUAUAAUAUUUCAUGUACAUAAUAUGAAGCUGGAAAUGAAUGAAGAUCUGGUUUUAAUGUAGCUCUGAAUACUACUGUCAUUUUUUACACUGAUUAGAUAUCUUUUGCUGUUAGAGAUUGCAGCAUAUUUCUAUAUUUGUUGUCUUCCUUUGUAAUUCUGUCAAACAUUUACAGAGAAUAAAUAUAAAGACCAUGCCAAAAAGACAAAGAUUAUAAAUAUUCAACACCACUUUAUUAUUAGAUCAAAGAAUAUUUUGACAUGUGUACAUUUUUUUAAACAAACAGGCAAUAUAUAUGUCACUUUUCUUAUGUUUUACGUGAUUUUAUAUAUGUAUAUGUAUAUAUCAAUAUUUACAGUAUAGCUUUCCUGUCUUUUUCAUUGUUGUCAAUCUAUGAGUGUGAAUUAAAUAUUUUGGGGUUAAAUAAAAUAUCUAUGUUACUGUAGUUA